AUGAGCGAGUUUGAAGCUUCAGAUGAAGAGUAUGACAUCAUUGCGGAUUUGGAAGCCAAGCAGAUCGAACAAGAGGAACGAGUGCAGAGGGUCCGCAGGUCCCUAGGAAAUAAUAGUCGAGUCGCCUUGGGUAGUCUUCAUGGAGAUUGGACUCUCUACUCUUCGCAAUACCUAGCGGCGCUUGUCGAAUUACCGGAUUCCGAAAUCGAAUAUGACUGGACGGCUGGAGAAAUCAAAAUUGAAGCCGCGGAGAAUUACGGGGAACCUGUAGUCAAUGAUACCUAUGUUACGAUCACAUCGAUAGAGACGGAAGAAGAUCUGGGUAUAUACCUCUUAAAGCCCCGGUUUGCGUCCACAGAUUCUAUCACGGAGACGGUCGCCAACAAUGGCACUGAUCAAACGUUCCACUGCGAAAUUAUGUUUCUAGGACUAGAACUUCUGGAACUGCGCAUUCCAAGAAGAGCUGUUUCGAGCGACUUCAAUGCAGACGAGAUUUACUACGUUGCUGUCUUAAACUAG